UCCGGGUGUUGAGUUGUUGCAAAACAGACCAUCCAAACGUACACUGGUGGAAGAGGACAGUCACCGAGAAACCCUGGUUAACGCAGUUUUAGGAAAAUGAUGCUGUCAGAGGUCCUUCAGGUGCUGCGAGGAGCAGGUAAAGUGGGGUCUGCCCUGGUCACCACCCAGGGAGAGCAGCUCCGAUUGAUGGCCUGUAACUCCUCCCUGGGAGCAGGAGUCAAAGUGGCUCAGGAUGUGGUUGAAGGACUAGUGGGCACCUUUAUGGGAGGCAGUAAUUCGCAACAGUCAAUAAAGGAGGAUGUGUUUCCGGAUGCAGAGGGCUGGGAGACUAUGGACCCUGAGGAAGCAGCGAAAUGGGCUGUUGGAUCCGAGUUCCCCCCUGAAGCAAUGGGGAAAAGCCAGACAGAAACUGGAGCUGCAGCAGAUAUGUCAACAGGAGUACAUCCUCCCCCUGGGGCAGCCACAGGAGGGGCAGGUUGGCCAGGGCAGAGUACUCGCUUCCUCCACACCACUCCUGGCCUCCGCCGGUACUACUGCCAGACCAGGUCUGUCCACGACACUGUGGUGGCCAGACUCACGCCAGAGGAUAUCAAGAAGGCCAGAGAGGCAAAGCAGGCCCUGGUCAAACCUGUCAGACAGAAGCUGAGUGACCGUGCCAGAGAGAGGAAGGUGCCUGCCACUAGAAUCAGCAGGCUGGUUAAUUUUGGGGGACUAGCAGUAGGACUUGGGAUCGGUGCCAUUGCAGAAGUGGCAAAACAGUCACUGGGAGGCAAACAAAAAGGAGAGAUGAGCGCUCUGCUAGACUCUCCUCUCUUGUCAGAGGCCAAUGCUGAGAGAAUAGUUAACACGCUGUGUAAGGUUCGAGGCGCUGCGCUUAAGAUAGGACAGAUGCUCAGCAUUCAAGACAACUCCUUCAUAAACCCCCAGCUGCAGAAGAUCUUUGAGAGGGUCCGGCAGAGCGCAGACUUUAUGCCCACAUGGCAGAUGAAUAAAGUUUUAGAGGAGGAGCUGGGGCCAGGCUGGAGAGAGAAACUAUCCUCCUUUGAGGACAGACCAUUUGCUGCAGCUUCCAUCGGCCAGGUGCAUCAUGGGGUGUUAAAAGAUGGUAGAGAAAUAGCUAUGAAGAUCCAGUAUCCCGGAGUGGCAGAGAGUAUCCACAGUGACAUAAACAACCUGAUGUCUGUGCUGAAAAUGAGCGUGGUCCUGCCAGAAGGUCUGUUUGCCGACAGCAGCUUAGAGGUUCUUCAGAGGGAGCUUGCAUGGGAGUGCAACUACAAGAGGGAAGCAGAGUGUGCCAAGAAGUUCAGGUCCCUGCUAGAAGGAGAUGAGUUCUUCCAAGUCCCUGAGGUGAUCGAUGAGCUGUCAGGACAGAGGGUUUUGGCCAUGGAGCUGGUACAAGGAGUCCCACUGGACCGCUGCGUAGACCUGGACCAGGAGACCAGGAACCAGAUCUGUUUCAACAUCCUCCAGCUGUGUCUCAGGGAGCUGUUUGAGUUCAGGUUCAUGCAGACGGAUCCAAACUGGGCCAACUUCUUUUACAACUCAGAUACCAACAAGGUUGUUCUGUUGGACUUUGGCGCGUGCAGAAGUUACCCAGAGUCAUUCACAGAUGACUACAUACAGGUGGUGCACGCAGCCUCCGUGGGUGAUCGAGCAACUGUUCUUUCCAAAUCGAAGGACCUGAAGUUCCUGACAGGCUUUGAGGCUAAGGCCUUCGAGGACGCCCACGUAGAGGCGGUGAUGAUCCUCGGUGAAGCCUUUGCGUCCCCUGAGCCCUUUGACUUCGGCAGCCAGAGCACCACCCAGCGCAUCCAGAGCCUUGUCCCUGUCAUGCUGCGCCACCGCCUCACCCCUCCGCCCGAGGAGACAUACUCCCUCCACCGCAAGAUGGCUGGCUCCUUCCUCAUCUGCUCCAAACUGAAGGCGUGCAUACCCUGCAAGGACAUGUUCCUGGAUGUGUACAACGCCUACAACCAGAGGAGGCAGGCAGACAAGGCGGCACAGGCCAGCGCAUAGACGCUUAGGGACAGGGUUAUUACCUAUAUAUGCCCAGGACUUUUUCGGAGUGGACUUCUCAGUAAAGGGACAAAAGGAUGGAGUCUUGAAUCCACAGAUGGAGACACUGGAGUACGUGACUGACUCUACCAGUGUGCUCUAAUAAGGACAAUGAGCGUGUAUGCCUUUCUAUGCCUGACUAUGAGAUGGAAUUUAGAUACUAUGAGAGUGAUGGUGAUAAUUCUGUCUUAACAAACAUAUAGUGAAGCUCAAACAGCUUUAUUACUGAUUAAAUCUGUACCUUAAUUGAAAAGAAUAAUAUUUCAUUCAUAUUGAGUGUUGGUGUGUGUGUCUCAUCAUAUUGGUUUACAUCUCUCUGUCAGAGCAAACACACAGCACGGUGCUGCUGUAAAUUUAAGCCAGCUUUGUGUGCUUUAGCUUUUCAAAAAGCAAGAUGUGCAUUUUCUUUUUGCUAUCAUGGCUAAAAUCAAUUCAUUCUGACUCUAGCUCACUUUGACAGCAAGGUCCACCAUAAUUCCAAGAGAAUGGGUGUCUCCUGUCUUUAAGGACAGAUGAUAAACCCUGCAUUGCCAAGCUGACGCUGCCAAGUGCUCUCUUUUGUUUGAAGGACUUUGUGUGCCGCUUGAUGAGUCGGCGAAUAAAGCUUUCUCCUAAACUGGCAGACUAGAUGAGCAGAUUAUCAGAGGAAUUAGUGAAGACAGUCUAACUGAGUAAUGGCCUUGCAGUAUAAAGCACGUUUGACAUAAAACUCUGUGAUGUGAAACACUGACAGUCAUUUUUUUUCUUCUUUAACACUUCUUUAUGUUAGGGAUUUGUAUUGCAACAUACACGUUGGUGUCCUGUGUUUUUCCUCUAUUAAAUAAAAUGUGAGAAAGA